CGUUCCUUCCUGCUCCCUCACACACUGGCCUCAGCCUGCACCGGCAGUAGAAGAUGGUGAAAGAAACAACUUACUAGGAUGUUUUUGGGGUCAAACCCAAGCUACUCAGGAAGAAUUGAAAAAGGCUUAUAGGAAACUGGCCUUGAAGUACCAUCCUGAUAAGAAUCCAGAUGAAGGAGAGAAGUUUAAACAGAUUUCUUAAGGAAGUUCUCUCUGAUGCAAAGAAAAGGGAAUUAUAUGACAAAGGAAGAGAACAGGCAAUUAAAGAGAGUGGAGCAGGUGGCGGUUUUGGCUCCCCCAUGGAUGUCUUUGAUAUGUUUUUUGGAGGAGGAGGAAGGAUGCAGAGAGAAAGGAGAGUUAAAAAUGUUGUACAUCAGCUCUCAGUAAUGCUAGAAGACUUAUAUAGUGGUGCAACGAGAAAACUGGAUCUGCAAAAGAAUGUGAUUUGUGAAAAAUGUGAAGGUAGAGGAGGUAAGAAAGGAGCAGUACAGUGCUGUCCCAAUUGCCGAGGUACUGGAAUGCAAAUAAGAAUUAAUCAGAUAGGACCUGGAAUGGUUCAGCAAAUUCAGUCUAUGUGCAUGGAGUGCCAGGGCCAUGGGGAGCGGAUCAGUCCUAAAGAUAGAUGUAAAAGCUGCAAAGGAAGGAAGAUAGCUCAAGAGAAGAUUCUAGAAGUUCAUAUUGACAAAGGCAUGAAAGAUGGCCAGAAGAUAACCUUCCAUGGUGAAGGAGACCAAGAACCAGGACUGGAGCCAGGCGAUAUUAUCAUUGUGUUAGAUCAGAAGGACCAUGCUGUUUUUACUCGACGAGGAGAAGACCUUUUCAUGUGCAUGGACAUACAACUGGUUGAAGCAUUGUGUGGCUUCCAGAAGCCAGUAUCUACUCUUGACAACCGAACCAUAGUCAUCACCUCUCAUCCAGGUCGGAUUGUCAAGCAUGGAGAUAUCAAGUGUGUACUAAAUGAAGGCAUGCCAAUUUAUCGUAGACCAUAUGAAAAGGGUCGCCUAAUCAUUGAAUUUAAGGUAAACUUUCCUGAGAAUGGCUUUCUUUCUCCUGAUAAACUGUCUUUGCUGGAAAAACUCCUACCCGAGAGGAAGGAAGUGGAAGAGACUGAUGAGAUGGAUCAAGUAGAACUAGUGGACUCUGAUCCAAAUCAGGAAAGAUGGCGCCACUAUGAUGGAGAAGCACGUGAGGAUGAUGAACGUCAUCCCAGAGGUGGUGUUCAGUGUCAGACCUCUUAAUGGGCCAGUGAAUAACACUCACUGCUGGCAUUUAAUGUGCAGUAGUGAAUGAGUGAAGGACUGUAAUCAUAAUAUGCUCACUACUUGCUCUUGUUUUUGUUUUAAUAUUCAACUAUCAUAGUGUUUUAAAAAGUCAAAUGAAGAAUAAAUGCAAAUAUAAAAGCUCUGCCUUUGCCCUGUAUGUAUGAUGACCUUAGUGUGCAAGAUGAAGUUUAAUACCUGUGAAAACUACAAAGAAGUUCCCCUAGCAUUUCUAAGCCAAACCUUGUAAUUGACUUCAGCUAUGUACGUGGACAAGCUUUGAAAUGCUAGGUAUAUGUAUUGGCUUCAGUGUAUGACCCUUCAUUGUUAAGCUAUGAAAGCAAAACUCUGUAUUUAACUGGCAAUGAGGAAAAAAAAAAUUUGUAGAGAAGUGUUGGUCUGUAUAGUUCUUUGUAUUAAGUGGGAUUCAUUGUAAUGCCUCUACAUUUAUUCUGUUGCCUCAACUGUUACUUGAAGAUGGCAUAAUAUAUAAU